AGCUGUUUCCUGAAUUAGUCUUGGUGGCAACAGCCUGACCCUCCUUUUGUUCUCAUGAAAGCACCAUCAGCCAUGGAGCAAAUGACUUGCAGUGUCUGAAAUGGUUCUUGAUUCCUCAUCUAUUUAACAGAUGCAGCAUCUUGCACCCCAAGACUGGGGACAGACCCACUGUUACCACCAAUUCUGACCAGGUGUUAGUCCUAUUUGGAAUCUCUACUGGCAUCCAUGGCGUGGUCAGGAGCAGGCACACUGGUGGUUUCACUCUUCUCUAAGAUUACAGCUUCAGCAGCCAUGGUCAAAGCUGGAGGGGCAGUCUCUGGCACCAUUCUAGCUGGUACACAGGGGCUCAAUCUGUUAGCCCAGACUGCCCUGGGCUCUGGAGCAUCUGCACUUGGAUCUUCGUUAGGAGCACUGAAGGUUGGCACCAUCCUAUCGGCGUGCCCUGCCUCUGUCUUGGCUGUUGGUCCCAGUGCAGCCAAGGCUACUGUUGCUGUGCUUGGUGGAGCCAUGACUGUAGCUGCUGUGCCCCCUGUGCUAAGUGCUGUGGGCUUCACUGGGCCAGGAAUUGUUGCCUCCUCUCUAGCAGCUAAGAUGAUGUCCUUGUCAGCUAUUGCGAAUGGGGGCGGAGUUGCGGCUGGUGGCUUGGUGGCCACUCUGCAGUCAGUGGGAGCUGCUGGACUUUCCAUGCAAUCUCAAGUCCUCUUGGGCUCUGCAGGAACUGCCCUUGUUGCUAGUGUGAUGGGCAUCUGUGGGAGUUCCAACCCUUCUGUCCCCAGAGAAGCAGAGGUGACACCUCCCAGCUUGUCCAACUCAGAGACUGACAAGUUAGCCCCAGGGGAUGAUCUGUCCUCCUGGGUUCAGCAGAUUCUGAUCCAGGGUUAUGGGCCUCUGUGAGAGUCCCAGCCCCUUCUCUCCUCUGAGAAGAGGGCUUGGAAUCAGAAAUGAUACCUCCCAGCUUUUCCAACCCAGACAGGGAUCAGUUAACCCCAAGAGACAAUCAGCCAACAACAAAUGCCUAAUUGGAAAUAAGUAAUAAAACCAAUUGCUGCCAGCCUUAUCAUCCCCUUGAAA